GAAACUUUGCACACACAACUGAGCACAGACGAACAACUGGAUCAUUCCGAACCCCCCUGUCUUUCUGAAGCCAAUGGCGCCCACCCCUUGGAUAACAAUUUAAAACCCAAACCUCUGGAUGAACCUGAACCCUGUGAACCUCAGCCAGACCCUCAACCAGAAUCUACCAGUGGAAUAAGUGAGACAGAACCUUUCCACACACAAAUGAGCACAGAGGAACCAGUGGAUCACCAGACACCGAUCCUUUCUUCACAAGCUAUUUCUUGUCAACCAGAGUCCUCCAGCAACCCAAACAACACUGGGAGUGAGAGUGAAAUGAUAGAUAUCUCUGGUUCUUCCGACCCUCUUGACGAACCUGAAGACAGCCCUCAUGUUAACCCCUCCACCGCCCCUGUUGUCAUUCAGGCUCCUCCUGACCCAGCUGAUGAGUUCCACACCUCUUCUCUUGCUGCCGUUUCCACACAGGAGACAAUUGAUCUAAACAGUUCCCUUCCUCUGGAAGAACUGGCCGAGGAAAAUCCCCAGAUGACAGACACUGAUUUGCAACAGAGCAAUGACAAUUCAGAGGAGGAAUCCACCAAAGAACCAGAAAGGGACUCUUUCAAAUUGCUCAUCAAGCCUCGUAAUUAUCAGCCAGAAAGCCAAAGGACUGUUGGAGCAACUAGACUAGUGUUAUCAAAGUCUUUCUCCAAUAAAUCUGAUGUGCCCAGAGGGGCUGAGGCCAUGUGUAGGCCCAGUAUUCACAGAGAUUCUGACAUUGAGCUUGACCAGAAGAAUGGGAAUGCCUCAGCUGAGUCCAUGAGUUUAGAGUGUAGAAGUUCUGACUCUGGUCCCUCUGUUAAUAUGGCCACUGCCACCAAUGACUUGAAUAAAGGUGUUCUCCUUCUUUCCUGCCCUAAAGACCCUAGUCCCAACCCCAGUAAUAUCCCUGUUUCUGUCUCUCCAGAGAUCAUCUCAGAACUUGCUGACAAUCUGGCCCUGACCCCUGAACAUUGCCCCAGUGACUCUGCCCAGGAGAACCUGAGGGAAAACACCCUGAGUACUGAUGAGGGGGCGCUGGGAGCUGUUGGAUCUCCACACUCCCCCCUUGCCAUUUCACCCAAAAGGGAAAACUCAGAAACAGACACAAGCAAGGAGAUGGUUCCUGGAGCUGGGGCGUGGUGUGAUGACAGGAUCGGGCUAGGGUUAGGUCUAGGAUUAGGUUCGGGGGCUGAGUUUGGUGUCUGGGGAGCAGGAGAGUCUCUUUCCCUGUCUCUGGGGAAGAGGUAUGAGUUAGAGGCAGAGAGUCUGCUCAUGUGUGACACAACGGGCCAAAGCACACAGACGGCUGUGGUUCCCAACAUGAGCAGUGAAGUAUAUAAAAAUUAUGACAAUGAUCUGGGUUCUGUUCUGGAUGAGGAAGAUAACAACAGUCUGUGUGGAAAGAGGGACCGGAUGGCAGAUGAAGAACUGGUAGAAGAAGAGGGAGCGGCUGAGUCCAACUUGGCCCGUUGGAAGUCCAUUGAGGAGAUCUCAGAAGCAGGUGGAGGAGAGGAUGGAAGCUCCAGAUUCCCAGAGGACGAUGUCAGUAAUCUAAAUCCAGACAAUGAUGGAGAUAACACAGACACAACAAUACAACACACUUGGAAGAAUUCUAACAAUAACAAUGACUCUGCCUUUGACUCUUUGGAAGUAGCCAUGUGUGGAAGUCUGAAUGCUCUAUCAGAGGAAGUGAGACCCCAGAGUGUGAGUGUCAGUGUUAAUGAGUCUGUGUCUAAUAUUCCACUAGAAGAGAUGCCACCUCAGGUUUCUGACACAGUUGCUGAUGAAGAGCAGGAAUCGACAGACGGCUCCAUAAACCAGACAUCAGACACAUCACAGGCACCAUCCUCAAAGGAAGGUGUCUGUAGCAUCUCAGUGCCAUUCGUUGAAACUCACAUGGACCCAGCUGCAACAAAAAACCACUUCGAUUUGGCAGAUAAAUCAAGAUGCCACACUCGUCCAGAGUGUCAGACAAUCACUCCAGAGAGUAAUACAGCAUUUUCUUUGCUACAUGGAUCCUUUGGUUCCUUUACUCCUAAAUGUAAAUCUAAUGACUCCAGACCAAGGAGAGCUUGCAAAGACAAGGUGGAAAAUACUGGUGCUCUGUCAGAACCAGAGAUUGUGAAGCCUCAGACUGAAGGUCAAAAGAAAAGCGAUGUGACUGACAGACUUGUCGAUGAACCAAAGACUAAGGAUACCUUCAAAGAACAGCCAUGUGUUGUUUGUGACUCAGGGGAAGAAGAUGAUGAACAAAAAGUGGAAGAGAAGGGAAAAGAGAGAGGUGAAGAGAAAGAUGAGGAGAACAAAAAGGAAAGAAAAACCUCUCCUGUACAGAGUAGCCCAGAGCACUUUUUGUGUCACACCCCUAAAGGGGAAUUUUGCACAGAUAAACCAACUGCUGCUAAGAAAGGGAGGAGAGGGAGGCAGAACAAGCACAGGGCAUCUCAGAGAGACAGUCACGCCGACUCUAGCCCUGAAUCUGUUGGUGAUCCAAAGAAUGAUGAUCCAUUAAAUACCACAGCAGAUGGGUGGUCAAAGGGGAUUGCAGACAAUUCUAAAACUAAGGCAGGUCGAAAGGCAAACAACAAAGCUUCAUCAGUGGACUGUCAACAGAGGACAUCUGAGACGGACAAAGCAGAGUCUAGUUCACAAAUGCAGGUGGAUAACAGUCCCAGUUUUGAUGUCAAAAGUCCUACCCACGGACACUGCAAUUCAAACAUGCAUACCCCAGACAACCUCAAUGCUGUGGUGGCACUGAACCAAGAAUUACAACAGAAACAGGAAGUGCUUGAUAACAGACCACUAUCUGAUAGUCAGAGAGGAAUUACAGUAGACAUUAAUGACAACAACAUAGAUACUGGCCACAGCACGCUUACCCAGGAUACCAUAUCAUGCUCUCUGACUCCACUUCCUUCCUCACCAUCUCCUGAUUCCUCCUCCUCCCCUAUACCUUGUGCCUCAACAGAGCCAGAGGGAGAUCUUUCCACACCUGUGCAGGAAUCCCAACCUGUCCCCUCAGCUCAGCAACAGUCUUCAAUAUGCCACACCACUCCUACCGUUUGCUCUACCCCCACCCCCACAACACAACAACCCCCAGAUUCCCAAACUCUUCCUAACAACGACGAUGACGACGACGACGACAACGACGACGUCCAGGAGGUCGCCGUUGUCCUCUCUCCAUCAGCUCCAUCUGCCACAAGUGUCUCGUCACCUUCAUUCUUCACUGCCAUGCCGUUAAGCCUGUCCCAGCCUACCCAGGAAUCAUCUACACCUGGGUCAGGGGCUCAAGAUUCAGCAUGUGUUCCAGACUCCAUUCCCUGUCCCCAGUCUCAGUCCUCUUCGCCUAAUCUCAACACCCAGUCUCACAAACAAAUCAAGCAAGGUCGCACAUGGAGCACACAAGACCGGUGCAGAGGUCCGAGUUUGGCUGAGGAGGAGACAGACAGUGAGGAUGAUGGUGGACUGCCUCGACGUGGUCACAGGUCCCAGCCCAGAGGAGUCGUAGGAAACAGAAAUGGAUCGUUGCAGAACGAGUCUGGUCCAUCGAAUAAACGGGAGAUACAGCCUUUCUCUGGCCACCAGAUAACCGACAGGCAGUCGGGCUGUCCAAUCAACCACAGCCAUAAGAUUUCUGAAGAGAUUGACUUAUCCUUCAAAAACAAUUGCUCCAUAUUGGCUUCCUGUAAUGAGUCUGAGAGUGAGGGGUCAGUGCCUGAGCUAGAGGAGCCGGAGCCACUGAGACCAUCAGAGCCCCAGUCUCUCUCCUCUGCAGAUGAAGGGCUGAACAGACCAAAGCAGAGCCGCAGUGAGAAGAAGGCUCGCAAGGCCAUGUCUAAACUGGGUCUAAAGCCGGUCCAUGGUGUGACCAGAAUCACCAUUAGGAAGUCCAAGAGUAUCUUGUUUGUCAUCAGCAGACCUGAUGUCUUCAAAAGCCCUGCAUCAGACAUUUACAUUGUAUUUGGAGAGGCAAAGAUUGAGGACCUGUCACAGCAGGCUCACAAAGCAGCUGCAGAGAAAUUUAAGGUGCCUGUGACUUCUUCUCCCCUGGCCCCACCUGUCCCACCCAGCCUCACCAUCAAGGAAGAGAGUGAGGAGGAGGAAGAGGAGGUGGACGAGGGAGGUCUUGAGCAGAGAGACAUUGAUCUGGUGAUGGCACAGGCUAAUGUGUCACGAGCCAAGGCCGUCCGUGCGCUGAAACACAACAAGAAUGACAUUGUGAAUGCUAUCAUGGAGCUGACCAUGUGAGUGGAGGACAAUUUGAAACCUGAUCCCCCUUCUCCCAGCCUAUAAAGCCUAAACGCCACUGACUCUUCUGUAUCGCUGCUACUGUAUGUUGCAUCCCCAGUAUCUGCCAAAUAAAGUCUGUUCCAACGUGG